AUGCGCGGCGUGCGCGACAUCGCCCAGAUGCCGCGGUUGUUAGGCCUACUAGCUUUAAUCACUUUUGUACAUUGCCAGUUGGACUGUGAUAUAUUAGAUCCAGAAUGUAGAGCCUUAUAUAGAAAUGGAGGAAGGCAUACAGAUGUGCGACGAAGACAAAAAAGUCAUUGUAAUUACCAGGAUGUUUGGUUAAUACCAGGUCGAGCCGAUGCAUCAUGUACACGACCUGGUGCAAAACGAGUGCUGGAAAUCAAUCCUGGUCAAGUUAGAAUAAAACCAGAUGUAGUUCGAUUACCUGGUUGCUUUACACUCGAGAUCAAAAACAUGCGGGUAAAAGAUGAUCCAAAUAUCAUUGGCAACUCAUUCUUUGCAAAGGCUGAAUAUCAGUGGUGGAAUGUGAAGGACUUCUCAAAUUUGAAAUGUCAAAAUGCUUCAAAUAAUGGUUGUGGUGGCUAUGGAAAUAACUGCUAUUACUGUGACGUUUGCCAUUCUCUCACUGAAAUCGACAGUGGUGAUGUUGGUGUGUCUGAUUCGAUCGCCAGCCAGCUGAAAGGCAUCAGUUGUCCGAAGCGACCGGGAUUUUAUACUUUUAGAAAAGAAUUUUGUUUCAACGAUUGGGCCGCAUUUGAUACGGACGGUGAUUGUGAGAUGGAUUUUCUGCAAGGAGACAGAGGCGACUACAAGGGCGCAUUGGCUAGCUUGCAACAAGUUGGCUAUGGUUCUGUGAUAGCGAAAAUUCGGCUAGCAUUCAAUGCUACGGGUAUUGUUGAAAGAAAGCGAUUACUGAAGGAGGCUCAGAUUGAAGAAAGCGUGGCAAGGGAGCUCGAGGAGCGACGACGCACUUGGGAUGUCAACAAUGGUCAAUUUGAUAAAUUUAGUCAAUGGUACAUCGAGUACAGAAAGAACAUCUGGCACAAGGACGACUACCUGCCAUGGCUGCUCUAUGAGAAUGAGAUCUCUUGCCUCAAGCUGACGUUUGACGUCUGCGAGAAACCACCACGACGCAUCAAUUUUGGUGGACGAGUUAGAUAUACAUGCGAAAAUUAGAGAACCGACUUCAGCAGCUUAGACCUAACUCAAACCAUGAAAACUAUUGUUGAACCCAACCUGGCAGGUUUAGCGUUGCAAAAACUGAGUUGUAAAUUGUAAAGAAUCACGGAUAAGCCUGAGUGAAUCACGCCUAACCUAUAAAAAUCAGGAAACGUAACUGGCAUUAUGACGCACAUGCAUUCUUCCUUCCUGAUCUCAUUGAGCCGUAGGAUUUGCC